CCAUUCUAAUUCAGUCAGAGAAAGGGUGCAGUCAUGGCCUGGGACGCAGCAGCCAGUAUGGUGGAGUGAGGACCGAUAGCCAGAGCAGGCAUAGACACACACACACACACACACACUCGCAGAGAGGCCCCAGCAUGCUCUGAGUUGCCUGUAGGGGCUGCUCCAUGCGGUCCCCAGGGCGGAGUGUGGGAGAGAGAAAGGGGGGUUGUGUGUGUGGCAGAGGCCAGCGACAGUGCCAUAUAUCUCAGUUUGCAUUGUCUGUCAACGUCAAACUGAAGGGUGGUUGUCGACCAACAUCAAGCCCUGGGGGUUGAAAUGGUGAUGGCGGUCAGUUUCAGCAAUGGACCCCCCCAACCUGACCUGGAGGCCUCACAGUACCCUCCCCCACUGAUGCCUAAACCUGGCAGGGACAAUGCACGUCUACAGAAACUUAUCAAGAGGUCUGCAAAGAAGAAGUCCUCAUCCACCUCCCAGACACCCAUCCCUUUCCGCUCAAGUCUCUCGCCGGUAAAUGAGAUCAGUGAUCUUGAGCUCAGUGACACCUGUACGCCUCCAAGGACGCCAGAUGUCACGCCCUAUGGUAGCACCCUCAACCUGAAUUGUUACGCAGCCAGGCCUGUGUACCAGCAGCCAUCCACACCCUACUCAUGCCAACGCAACUCGCCCUACUUCGGAAGUGGCGCUGCAGCAGCCCAGCAAUUCAACUCAACUGUCCCUCGUGGGCCUGACCGGCCCAUUGCCCCUUUGUACCACUGUUCCUCAUCUCUGUUUGAUGAUGCCACCCCCAUCACUGACCACCCACGUCCUGUGCCUCCAGUCAAAGCCUACGAGCCAGUCACCAGCAGCAUACCAAUCACACCAGGCCCACCUACACAGAGACAGUCUGGUAUCUGUCCAGCACCACCGACCUUCAAACUGCAGGUUGGAGCUCCUCCACCAAGCUUUGUGGCUGCUCCAGCUCUAGGCCAAGUGUACACAGGCAUACCUCAAGCACCACCUCAACCUCCACUUCAACUUCAACCUCCUCCUCCCCCUCAACUUCAGCCUCCACCACUUCUUCAAGGUCGUUCCCCCCAGGCCUUCCCACAAACUCCAUUUAACACUGUUGGUGUUGCCCCUUACCCCAAAGCAGCACCUGCGCAGCAAAGCUCUGGUCAGCUACAAAGGCACUUGUCAACUUCAACCCUGACUCUUGCACCGGUCCCACCCCCAUUAAAGUCAGUACCUGUACCAGAAUCAUAUGGGCCUAGUGUGGCAGUAACACUACCUACUUCACCCCCAGGGCAACAGCAACAUGCAACAGUAUCCUCUGCUCCGAUUAAAACACUUGGAAAUGCCCUGUCUCCUAGUAUCUUAAAUCAACCCAUAGUACCACCAGCCCAACAACAACCUCCAACAGCUCCCCCAGCUCCGUUUUUCCCACAUAGAAAUGUAAUGCCCCUUAGCAUCUCCACGCCAUCGAUUGCACCAAGAGCACUACAGAAAACUCCCACAGCACCACCUGCUCCAAUGCAAAUGUUUGGAAGUUCCCUACCACCUACAAAUUUACAAAACCAACCGACUGCACCACCCAUGCAACAGCUAGCUCCCACUGUCCCCUCAGCUCCUCUUCCAACAUUUCAACCUCAUCUUCAACCUCCUAGUAUCUCAAAUCAACCAUUGGCAGGUUCAUAUGGAUCACCUGUGGCCAUGCCUCCAUCUUGGCCACCACAAGAGCAGAUACCUCCUUUUGCACCCCAGAACUCUCUAACCCCUCUUGCUCCACCACAGCCACCUACUUUUGCACAGACCAUAGGUCAGCCUCAUGUGCCAGUCUUGGCAUCUGUACCAACCACAAACCACAUGUCGGAACACCCAUUGCCCACACAGAGUGCUGUACCUAAUAUGGCUCCCACUUUUGCAGCACAAAGUGUUCCUCAAGGACUGCUAACCAAUGCCUCAAAAAAUGACAUUGCUAAUGCAAAUGCAAGACUCAAACAGGUGCAAGGUAAAACAAUCGUUUCUCCAGAGAUGCCCAGCAUUGAAAAACCCUUAGCAGUAUACACAUCAAAAGCAACAUUUUACGAGAUAUCUAAACCUCAAUCUCUUCAAGACAUUACUGGAUUUAAUACAAACUACAAUGCCUACAAUGGGGCAUCUCUUUCAACCAUUCACAGAGAGAAAACCCCAACAUCUGACAUCAAGAAAAGUGCAACAGGUUCUUAUGAGAUACCUGGGAUUAGAGCCCCAGUAGGGCGCCCAAAAACACCUGCCUUUCAGAUCUCCAGGAAUAAAACACCAAAUUUUGAAAUAUCAAAACCUAACCCACAGCUCUUUGCUACACCUGCACCUCCUACAUUCUCUUCAGCAAUGGAUGUCCGCAGUGCAAUUAGGAGAGAACCACAGGUACCCAUAUCAUCCGUGAUCCUCAGAAAUGACACACCCACUCUACCCCCUCAGAAAAACCCAGUGCCAGAGAAAAUUGAAGUAGUUCAACAAAAUGGCAAUGCAAUUAGGAGAGAACCACAGGUACCCAUAUCAUCCGUGAUCCUCAGAAAUGACACACCCACUCUACCCCCUCAGAAAAACCCAGUGCCAGAGAAAAUUGAAGUAGUUCAACAAAAUGGCAAUGCAGUUAGGAGAGAACCACAUGCACCCAUAUCAUCCGUGAUCCUCAGAAAUGACACACCCACUCUACCCCCUCAGAAAAACCCAGUGCCAGAGAAAAUUGAAGUGGUUCAACAAAAUGGCAAUGCAGUUAGGAGAGAACCACAGGUACCCAUAUCAUCUGUGAUCCUCAGAAAUGAUACACCCACUCUACCCCCUCAGAAAAACCCUGUACCAGAGAAAAUUGAAGUGGUUCAACAAAAUGUCAAUGCAGUUAGGAGAGAACCACAGGUACCCAUAUCAUCUGUGAUCCUCAGAAAUGAUACACCCACUCUACCCCCUCAGAAAAACCCUAUGCCAGAGAAAAUUGAAGUGGUUCAACAAAAUGUCAAUGCAGUUAGGAGAGAACCACAGGUACCCAUAUCAUCUGUGAUCCUCAGAAAUGAUACACCCACUCUACCCCCUCAGAAAAACCCUAUGCCAGAGAAAAUUGAAGUGGUUCAACAAAAUGUCAAUGCAGUUAGGAGAGAACCACAGGUACCCGUAUCAUCUGUGAUCCUCAGAAAUGAUACACCCACUCUACCCCCUCAGAAAAACCCUGUACCAGAGAAAAUUGAAGUGGUUCAACAAAAUGUCAAUGCAGUUAGGAGAGAACCACAGGUACCCAUAUCAUCUGUGAUCCUCAGAAAUGAUACACCCACUCUACCCCCUCAGAAAAACCCAGUGCCAGAGAAAAUUGAAGUGGUGCAACAAAAUGGCAUUGAGGCACAGGAUUCUCACAAAGAAGCCGCUAAAGUUAUUGCAGAUGCACUGUCAAUACCCAAGAAAACAUCUGAUGUUCCUUUCAUGAAAACCAGACCUGUGGAGGCCCCACAGCUAACUGCUCCAGCCAGUGUGGAUACUCUGCCUGCUGAAGCCCCACAGGGGUAUCAAAUCCCACAAGCCCUGACAUGUGAGACAGUGGCAAAAGUGACACCCCCAAAUGAGUUUACCACACCAGCCCCUCCAGUGGCUCAGUCUGCACCUCCCCCUCAACCUGCACCUCCCCCUCAACCUGCCCCUGCUCCUCAGAUCCAGCGAACACCUCUCACACCAGUGCACUGGUCGCCAAGACCUCCUUCACGAAUCGGGAAUCAAAGACAUAAUGCUUCAACAAGUGAACUCAUUAGACCAAGGCCAAAGUCAACAUAUUACGGACUGACUCCUGUUGAGUAUGCUGCUUAUGGUGGGAUAAAGACUUAUUAUGGCCCCUCUGGGAACAAGAAUCAGGUGGGCGAGGCAGUCAAAAGUUGUCUUGAUGAUCUUCCAUCACCAAAAACAGUGUCACUGGAUACUAAAUCUUUAGAUGAGAAAAAGUCUGAGGAAAUAUCCCAACAACUAGCAGCAAGUGUGUUAAGUGAAAUACAAAGUGAAGGCAAGCAAAGUUCCUCUACAGUCCAUUUACCCAUGCCUCAAAGCUCUCCAGAGGAAACCACAGCAUCUGAUAAGACUUCGACUACAUCUAAAACACUAGCAUCUGAUGGAGCGGAGAAGGAUGUCAGUGAAGCUGUACCAGUGGAUUUAUCAGAGCAUAAUGUGGUAGUAUUACCUCAACAAACAGGCAAAGUCCAAACUCCAGAUACAGAGGCAAUUUUGGCUAGUUCAAAGAAUUCCAUAGAGAAAUCUGCUGAGGCAGUUGCUGGUAAUGGGGGUGCACCCCCAGUGAGAGAGGAACCAAUUCCUUCUUUGUUGAAAGACUCAGCAAUACAGUCAACUUCAGCCCUAACCCAUGGACAAAGUAUGCCUGCUUAUUCUUUGCCCAAAACAAAUGUUGAUUCUGUUGGUCCUGUAAAAAAUGAUCCAGUGUCAUCUUCACUGAAAGAGCCAAAAACCCAGAUGACUUCGGCCCUUAGCCAUGGACAAAGUAUGCCUGCUUAUCCUUUGCCCAUAACAAAUGCUGAUUCUGUAGGUCAACAUUCUCCACAAAAGGUAGUGAAUCCAAUGGCACAAUCUGCUUUAAACAUUGAAGAAAAAAUAUCUACAACUACUCAGUAUAUUGAAGCCAGCGAUUCUUCAUUAGUUUUAAAUUCACAGCCUCACCCAAAGACACAAGCUUUUCCAAAAACUCAGUCUGUGACAACCAAUUAUGUCGCGGACAAAAUCGAUGCCAAAUCAGUUAGCACGCUUACUACCUCAAAUGCUGCUACUACCGAGUCUAUCUCAAAAUCAACGGUGGACUCAACAGUUUGUCUAUCUCUUACAGACACUCAAGUAUCUACAACAGAAAAAACUAAUUCAGAAGCAAUUUUGAAAUCUGUAAAUUCAGAGUCAAUAAAAACACUCCCAGAAAAGGUACCAGCAGUUACAAAACCGUUAACAGAUUUGAAUUCUUCAGGUAUCUCCAACAGCAAUAAUGGCUCAGCAAAAAUGACUGUCUCCACGUCAGUGGGAGAAUCCACAAUAGGGAAGUCUGUUAUUGACACUGAAUUUGACUCUACAAAUCCAGAAGCAAUUUUGAAAUCUGCAAGUUUGGACCCAAUAAAAACACUACCUGAAAAGGUACCAUCAGUUACGAAAUCAUUAGCAGAUUUGAAUCCUUCAGUUAUCUCCAACAACAAUAAUGAAACAGCAAAAAUGAUUGUGAAUAAUACUUCAUAUUUCUUACAAGGUGGUAAACCUUCCAUCAGCCCAGCAAUCUGGCAACCACCUUCAACUUCUGUCUCUAAAACUGACACAUUAUCUAAAUCAGUGAAUUAUUCUAGAGGUCUAGCAAAUACAUAUAGUGAUAUUACAUCAGCGGUUAGAAAAUCUGCAUAUUCCUCACCAAACACUAGAAUAACUCCUACAAUUAUUAGGAGAGCUCCACUGACUCCAACCAUGGACAGAAGUGCUGCUUAUUCUCCUGUCAUGAACCUGAGAACCUCUUUAACCCCAACACUGGAAAGAAGAACCAUACCAACACCAACCUUUGACAGACGAACUAUUCCUACACCAACCUUUGACAGAAGAACUAUACCUACACCUACAUUUGAUCGAAGGACUGUGACAACUCCAGUAAUGGACAAAAGAACCAUAACGCCAACAAUGGACAGACGGACCCCUUUAACUCCAGUGUUUGACAGAAAAACAUCCACUACUCCAAUCAUGGACAGAAGAACUGUGUCUACUCCAACAAUGGAGAAGAUGACAACUCCAACAACUCCAACUAUUGACAGGAGAUCCCACACAACCCUGCCAACAGAAAAUAAGCUUUAUGCAAAAUCCACCAUGGAUAUCAGGGAGUCCGUUCAAAUGUCUACUCCAACAACGGAAAAGAUAACAACUCCAACAACUCCAACUAUUGACAAGAGAUCCCACACAACCCUGCCAACAGAAAAUAAGCUUUAUGCAAAAUCCACCAUGGAUAUCAGGGAGUCCGUUCAAAUGUCUACUCCAACAAUGGAAAAGAUAACAACUCCAACUAUUGACAGGAGGUCCCACACAACCCUGUCAACAGAAAAUAAGCUUUAUGCGAAGUCCACCAUGGAUAUCAGGGAGUCUGUUCAAAUGUCUACUCCAACAGCAGAAAAGAUAACAACUCCAACUAUUGACAAGAGAUCCCACACAACGCUGCCAACAGAAAACAUGCUUUAUGCAAAAUCCACCAUGGAUAUCAGGGAGUCCGUUCAAAUGUCUACUCCAACAAUGGAAAAGAUAACAACUCCAACAACUCCAACUAUUGACAGGAGAUCCCACACAACCCUGCCAACAGAAAAUAAGCUUUAUGCAAAAUCCACCAUGGAUAUCAGGGAGUCCGUUCAAAUGUCUACUGAACGAAAGUCCUCUGGGAUGCUUUCAGGAGACAGUAAACAAUCUGCAAAAUCCACCAUGGACAUUAGGUCCUCUGUGAUGGCAGCAAGAACUGAACAAAAAAUGACUAACAGGCCAUGGCUUUCACCAAAGGCUGAGCACAAACCCAUAUUGACAGCUGAGUCUUCCACAAGUAAUUCAGAAAAAAGUGACGUAAGCCCUUUAAGCAAAGAGUCUAUAAAGUCCUCAGUCCCCUCAUUGGAGAAUAAGGGUACAGAGAAGCAGGACAUAGAUGGAGACGGUGCCUCUGCAACCAAGUCAGAUGCUACAGUGACAGACGUAAUUGAAAAAAACUUCGAUCCAUCAAAAACCAAGUCUUCUUUGAAGCCUACAAACGACAGCAAGCCAUCCGAACAAACAUGUACCGACCCAACGCCCCCUCAAAAUCUCAAAAAUGACUCAUCAGUCCCCACCAUAGACUCAAACUUAUCCAGUAAAGGAGCAUCCGACUCUAUACAAUCAACAUCACCGCCUCCGUCUACUCCAGCACAAAACCAGUUAGCUACAAUACCACAAUUACCUCCUCCCACCACCACAACAACACAAGCAGAAGAUUUAAAAAAGGUGGUAUUGCUACCAAAACCAGCAGUCACGAUAACUAUCACACCAGCAUCUCCAAUCUUUACAGAAGAACCACAAGCUGCCGUGAUAAAAACUACCAAUACCGGAUCAAAAUCCAAUUCAUCCAAGACGGACAUAGAGCCAUCUUUUGAAAAACAACAACCUCCAGAGAUACCAGGUCAAUUUCUGACUCCAGAGAGAGCAGAAGAAGCAGCACAGCCAAGUGACAGUGAUGUCAUCGAGGAUGACUCCACAUACUCAGCAACUGUAGAACAAAAGAAGUCUGAGCCAUCACCUACACCACCAAUAGCAGACAAAAACUCAGCGCCCAGUGCGGCACCAAGCUCUGAAAUUAAGGCCAAGCCAUCUUUGAAACCCAAGGGAUUAAAAGCCAAGCUGAGUGGAUGGAACAGGCUGAAGAAGCAUAUGGUGGUUGAACCAGAGGAACCCAAGUUUCCUGAGCCUGAACCAGGGACCAAGGAUUCUGAAGGCCAUCAGAAAAAGGAAAAGGGAUGUGAAGGUAAACCUGAGAAAGCUGCAGGGGCCAAAGAUAAAAAAGAAAAACCCACAGGAAAGGAGUUGAUGAAGGAAGAAGAGGCUCCCAGGGCUCUGAAGAUGUGGGACGCUGUCCUGUUUCAAAUGUUCUCCACCAAGGAUAACAUUAUGAAACAAAUCAAUGCCCACAAGAAUGAAGGGGAGGAAACAAAAAAAGGCAAGGCGAAAGACAAAGAGAAAGAGAAAGACACAGAGGUUGACAUCCCUUCCUUUGUGUACCACCUGCCUGUUUUGCUUUACAGUCCACGCUUUGACGCUAGGAAACUAAAAGAGGCUGCUGAGAAGCCACUGAACAAAAUUGCAACCAUGUUUGAGAGGGGUCUAUUACAGCGUAAACAUCAGGGGGAGGAGCCUAAGGACUUUAACAAAACAGCAAGGGGAUUCGGUUCAUCAAAGUCAAAAACAGAUGAUGAUGAGGAGGAGGAGGAAUGAUGGUGAAAUAUUGGUUUGAGAUGUUUAUUUUUUCCACUUUCUAAAUGUAUGUGAGUCAGCGCAGUUGAUUGAAAAUAAAAUGAAAUGCUAUUGUUUGAGAAAGAAUUGUUAGAUAGAUUUUGCAGUUUUUUUUUUUUUUUUUUAAAUUAGCAGCCUUACUGUACACAUGGUGGUACAUGCUUGAGUCUGUCCAGUUUUUCAAAACUGCUUUUAAGCUGAGCUUGGGUGGGGCAGAGUGCCUGGUGCUGCGGGUGUUUCUGUGUGAAAAUAGAGCUUGUACAUUCCUGGAUUGACAGUGUGGAAGGGCAGUGCGAGAUGGACAAGUGCAGCUGCGUGAGGCAGUGACUUCAUAGGCGCAGUGGGAGGGUGGGUGGAGACCUGGGCUGCUGGUGUGCUAUAUAUAUAUUCAAGGUAUGUAUAUUAAGAAAAACCGUAAACCCUAUUGGGUUGAUUUUUUUUUUGCAAGAGAUAUAGAAGGUACAUCAUCAAUAAACCAUUAAUAAAUACGAUUACAGUUGUACAAGCUUUAAAAGUGUACAGAAGAAAAUCAUGUCAGCCAAGUUAAUGUGUUUAAACUGGGGAUCUGUUAGGGAUGGUUCUCAUUUGCAGUGGAGAGGGGGGUCAUAGAAUGUGACAGAGGGUUUAUUGGAUAACUAGCCAAUGUAGUUUGACUUGAGGAAGUAAGGUGGAUUAGAGACCAUUGAUGGUUGAGGUGCUUAGUGCAUACUGUAGGUGGCAUUUUGUUUUGAGAUCCUGGGGAGAGAUCCUGGAAUGCUCUGAUGGUACAGAAUGGUUUGGUGUUUCAUAAUAUGACUUACUACAGGUGUUUUCAACUGAUGGAAUUCUAUGGCUUUGAGGGCACUGCCUAAAAAUGCUGUCUUUGUCGGCAAGAGCGAUGCAUUGAGGUAUUUUUCAGCAACUUUGUUUUUUGAGUUUUAUUUUGACUUGUGCUGACUUGCAUGUUUCAGAUAAAAGGAUAGUGAGAUUAAGUGGAAGAGUUUUUUUAUUUAAAAAAUGUUGAGGAUUGUAUUCGCUUUUUGAUGGAUUGAUUAAAGUCAUUUUGGACAUUUUGUUUCAACAA